GUUGUACGUGUUUUGUUUUCCGGCUUCUAAGAUCAUACUAAAUUAGAUAUUGAAGGAAAGAAGAAAAGAUGACGAUGGAAUCACAAGAUGACAUAAAAUUAUUUCAAUCUAUUGGUUUAAGUGAACAAAAAGCUAAAGAGACUCUAAAAAAUAAGCAAGUUUCUAGUAAUUUAAGACUUGCUAUAAUAGAGGCUAAUAAGUAUGGAAUUAUUUCCUCAGAAAUUGGAAUUUUGUUAUAUCAUCUUGCUUCAAAAAUUAAGACUCAAAUUGCAGAUAAAUUACCAUUUCUUGCUCAAUACAUAGCUAAAAAGAAAUUAGAUACGACUCAAAGAUUGGAUACCGGGCUAAAUUAUUUACUUAAUCGAGUUGAAGGAAAUAUUGAUGUAUCUGAUUUUGAGAAAGAAUGCGGUGUAGAUAUUGUUAUAUCUCCAGAAGAAAUAGAAUAUGAAGUGGAAAAAGUAAUAAGUACACAUAAAAUGGAAAUAGUAGAGAAAAGGUAUCAUUUUAAUGUUGGUCCGUUGAUGCAACAAGUGCGUAAUAUUUUAAAAUGGGCAGAUGGAAAAGCAAUAAAAAAUGAAUUUGAUGUUCAAAUGCUUGAUUUGUUAGGUCCAAAACGUGAUUCUGAUCUUAUACCAUUACCUAAACAAGCAAAACAAAUGAAAGCAACAAAGUUAGAAAAAGAGAGAAAUAAAUCUGGUGCUGAAACUGGCACUAUACCAGCAACAAAUGAGAAAAUAGGUGCUCAGACAAUAAGUGAAUUAAUGAAAACUAAAGUUCAUUUUCAUAAACCAGGUGAAAAUUAUAAAACUGAAGGAUAUAUUAUAACACCAAAUACACAUAAAUUACUUCAAGAACAUUUGAAAGUAACAAAUGGCAAAGUAAUAACUAGAUUUCCACCAGAACCUAAUGGAAUUUUACAUAUUGGUCAUGCAAAGGCAAUUAAUAUUAAUUUUGGAUAUGCAGCAGCCCAUAAUGGAAUAUGUUAUUUACGUUAUGAUGAUACAAACCCUGAAAAAGAAGAAGAAAAAUUUUUUGUUGGUAUUCGUGAAAUGGUAGAAUGGCUUGGUUAUAAACCAGCUAAAAUUACCCAUUCUUCUGAUUAUUUUCAACAAUUAUAUGAAUGGGCCAUAGUUCUUAUUGAAAAAGGCUUAGCAUAUGUCUGUCAUCAAUCUAGUGAAGAAAUAAAAGGUUUUAAUCCACCUCCAAGUCCUUGGCGUGACAGACCAAUUUCAGAAAACUUACAACUAUUUAAUGAUAUGAAAGAUGGGUUACUUGAGGAAGGUGAAGCUACAUUACGAAUGAAAGUAACAUUAGAAGAAGGAAAACAAGAUCCAGUUGCAUACAGAAUAAAAUAUAGUCCACAUCAUAGAACAGGGGAUCAGUGGUGUAUUUAUCCAACUUACGAUUUUACACACUGUUUGUGUGAUAGUAUAGAAAAUAUAACUCAUUCUCUUUGCACGAAAGAAUUUCAAUCAAGGAGAUCAUCUUAUUAUUGGCUUUGUAAUGCUUUAGACAUUUAUUGUCCUGUACAGUGGGAAUAUGGUAGAUUAAAUGUAUGCUAUACAGUUGUUUCUAAGAGAAAAAUCAGUAAGUUAAUUGAGGAGAGUAUUGUAUCUGAUUGGGAUGAUCCAAGAUUAUUUACAUUAACAGCUCUUCGUAGACGAGGUUUUCCGCCUGAAGCUAUAAAUAAUUUUUGUGCACAGAUGGGUAUAACUGGUGCUCAAGCAAUUAUUGAUCCAGCCGUUUUAGAAGCAUCUGUUAGAGAUGUUUUAAAUUUAACUGCAAGUCGACAUAUGGUAGUUCUAGAACCAUUAAAAGUAACCAUUAGUAAUUUUCCUCAUGAAAAUGCUAUAAAACUAACAGUUCCUAACUUUCCUAAUGAACCAGAUAAAGGACAACACGACAUUGUUUUUGAUGAAAUUGUAUAUAUUGAAGCAUCUGAUUUCAAAGAGAAAGCGGAAAAAGAUUUUAGACGUUUAACACUAAACCAAUCUGUUGGUUUGAAGCACGUAGGGGUAGUAUUAAAAAUCAAAGAAAUCAAAAAAGAUAAUAUGGGUAAUAUCGUAAAUCUGAUUGUUACACAAGAACCCAUCUGUGAAACUAAUAAGCCUAAAGCUUUCAUACACUGGGUAUCAAACCCUCUAUUAGCAUCCAUUAGAUUAUAUGAGCGUUUAUUUAAACAUAAAAAUCCUGAAGAUCCUAAUGAGGUGCCAAAUGGUUUUUUGACUGAUAUUAAUCCAUAUAGCAAGAAAGAAAUUGUUGGAUAUAUUGAUGCAAGCUUGGCAAAUUCGGCAAAAAUUUUUGAGAAAUUUCAAUUUGAACGUAUUGGCUUUUUCUCUGUAGAUCCAGACACAACAUCAGAAAAGCUUGUUUUUAACAGAACAGUAACAUUAAAAGAAGAUACAGGAAAAGUGUAAAUAAAAUUAUAUGCAUUCAAAUUCACAUUAUGUAUGGUUAUGUAUGAUAUAUAUUAUAUAUGUUUUGUAUAAUAUUUAUAAGUAUUAAUGAUGUUUAAGAUAAUAGACAUCUUUUUAUACUUCUAAAAUUUUACAGUUUAAAAUUAUUAUUAAAUGAACAAUAAAUAAAAAAUAUUUAAUUCAUCAUGCAAGAUUCAUAUGUAGGAAUCAUAUAUUUAAUAUUUAUAAAAGCAUCUUCACCUCCAUAUAUUUCAAGCAAUGCAAGAGUUUCUUGUAUUAUAUCUGCGACGUUUUCACCUCUUUGUUGUGAGUAAUCAAUACCUUCUCCAAGAUUCACUGAAAUAAAAUUGAACUUGUAUCAUUUUUAUCAAUUACAAUAAAUUAAAAUCUUACCAUUUCUAUCUUUUAAUAAAUUAAGUACUGGUAAGAUUUGUCUAAAGUAUGGUACUAAAGCUUCUCCAACACAAUCUGCUGAACGUACAAGAUGUUGAAUAGCUCUCAGUGUUGCACAUAUAACUUCUGGCAUUUUUGUAUUUAAGGCUUCUAUAAUAAACAAAAAUUUAUAAAAUC